UCACUCGCUCUCUCUCUCCUCUCCAUCUGUUGUCCUGCCCACUCUCUCCCACCCUGUCUCUCUGAUAUUACUAUGAGCAACUGUGAACUUUUCACAACUCUUUCUCAGCUGCAUCCAUCCACAGCACUAACACCACACUGACUGCAGGAUGCCCCUCGGAGGGGGAAACAGGUGUGGCUGUUGCCAGAAGACUGUGUACUUUGCAGAGGAAGUACAGUGUGAGGGGAAGUAUUUCCACAAGUCCUGCUUUCUCUGUAUGGUCUGCAGAAAGAAUUUGGACAGCACCACGGUAGCUGUACACGUGGAUGAGAUUUACUGCAAAUCGUGCUAUGGCAAGAAAUAUGGUCCAAAAGGCUACGGUUAUGGUGGCGGUGCCGGAACCUUGAGUAUGGACUCAGGUGAAGGACUGGGGAUCAGACCUGUGGAGCAAGCAGCACAUCAACCUACCAACAACCCCAAUGCCUCCAAGUUUGCACAGAAAUUUGGCAGCUCGGAUGUGUGCCCUCGCUGUGGCAAAGCUGUUUAUGCUGCAGAGAAAGUGAUGGGAGCUGGUAAUGCAUGGCAUAAGAGCUGCUUCAGGUGCGCUAAGUGUGGAAAGAGCCUGGAGUCCACCACACUAGCCGAUAAAGAUGGAGAGAUCUACUGCAAAAGUUGCUAUGCUAAAAACUUUGGGCCGAAGGGUUUUGGGUUCGGCCAAGGGGCAGGAGCUCUAGCCCAUGCACAGUAGGAACGCAGUACACAAGACCAAGAGGAUCUGCUUCAGCUUUCUGCUUUGAUUUCUGCAUUUCUACACCUACCACAGAGUCGCACGUGCUUGCAAUUUGCACAUGGAAAGGCUUUUAAACCUUUAACUACUCAUUAUAAAGAGCAUUAUUUUACAAGGGCCAGAUUCUACAAGCAGCAUGACUACACUUUCAACGAUGGGUUUAUCAAACAGAUGACGUUUUCAUACUGUUUUAUAUCUACUGGGGUUUAAAUGUUCUCAAUGAAUCUUAAAAAUAACGGGAAGUUAACAAUCCUUUAAAACUGUUAGAAAAGAGCUAAUUUAUUAAAUCAAUAAAUAUUGCUUUCUUGUUCCACUGAGUCAACAGUGAGCCACACUAGUGGUUUAAAACACAUUACCUCACUGUGCAAUACUACACAUUACUACAUAUUACAGUUUAUGCUUCUUUGGGACCUCUCAGAAAUGUGUUACAUGUCUAAUAGUGAAGAAAAUAAUUGUGGAGAAACGGUCGUGAUUAUACUAAAAUGAUCUCUAUAAACUGCUAUAACCUUCCUUCACAGAGGCAGGGUAAACAUGUGCAGAUGACCUGAUUGUUUACAUAUGACAUCAUUGAGACAUCAAAAAGCAGAAGUGUUGUUAAUGAACAAUGGGGGAUUAUGUCUCCGAGCCUGUCGGCACCCUGACCGGGAGCAUGCUGCCGUGAAGACACGAAUUAUGGAAUGAAAGACUGAGAGACAUUGAGUGACAGAUUAUCCUGUGUUAAUCUGAAAUGAAAUAAUCCAAAUGCAGGUUUAAGUCUUUAAAUAUACAGCAGAAAUACAGACCUCAGUUAAAAAGAAGGGGAAAACAGUCACUGUGUUUUGUGUGGAAAAAAGUGGAGUGCUUUGCCACCAGGUACACUGUCAUGCAGUUUUAUAAGGAAAUUAUUUUAAUGCAGAUUUUGGCUUUCAUUUAUGUCUAUCGCUACAAGUCCCAGACAGCCUCUAUAAUUUUUUUUUUUUCUGAAAAGUGCUGCAUUUCUUAAUGUUACUUCUGUGAUUAGCACUCUGUUCAUUAUAAGUGGUUAUUAACUGUUCAGUGACCUUGCUGGACUAAUGAGGUGGUUUCAAGCUAAAAAUAAAUGCAUUUUUUCCUUUGGAAAUAAUCACA